AUGCUCAGAGACCUCGAGCAGCUUCAGGGAGAGGUCCGAAUUGCCGCCGUCGCGGUCCAUCGGCAGGCCGUCUUCUUUGGGCACACAGUCUCGCCCAAGAACCACCACGGUGCCGCAGAGCAGCCGUCGAAGCAACGAGCGCCCUCCGCCGCUGUCGGGAGAAGCUACUGCGUGUCCGGUGACCAGCCGAAGACUUCACCCCGCGCCCUCUACGAAAGGCGGCCGCGAAGUUGGGCCUUCCGACGAGGCAAGGAGCGCCGCGGUGAACGCAUCUCUUUCCUAAUGGCAAAAGGGACGUCCGCCCGAGACCUCCCUUCGUUCCUCGAUGACGCCAAGACGGCGGCAGUCAGGAGAUCUUCUGGCCCCGUCACAGUACAACGUGCGGCACCUCGAGCCGGUCUUGCCGUCGCCAAAACUUUGGUGGGAGACCGCGGACACUUCAGCAGUGACCCGCCGGCUGCAACCGAAGUGCUGUCUCCGCGCUUGACCAUACCCAGCUUUUUCGAGCAACCCCCGACGCCCGACGUUCCGGAGACGCGCCGUCUUGCCGACGCUGCGCCCAACGAGAAUGUCCGAUCAGCGGUGGCCAAGGCCGAGGGAGGCGAGUGCGGCGAAGCGGCCUUCUCGAGUGUUCUGUCGGUGCGCUCUCUGCUCCAGGUGGAGGACCCCGACGUCAGCAACAGGCAGCCUGACGACAGGGAAGAAGGUUCGGCGCAGUUCGUGCUGUCCAUGGUGGGCAAGAUGGCCAUGCUGUUGGCGUGCUGGUACCUGUUCCUCGUCUCGCUGGACCUGCUGAGCUCGGCCUUCAAGCUCUUUGCCGCACACCGGUCGUUGUCCAUCCGGGGCAUCAAGAGCGACGUGAUCCGCAAUCCCGUCGUGGGCAUCAUGACGGGCCUGCUCGUCACCGUACUGGUGCAGAGUUCCUCGUCGUCCACCUCUAUCACCAUCACCUUGGUCGGAUCCCAGCUGUUGAGCGUGAAGCAGGCCAUACCGAUCGUGAUGGGCGCCAACCUGGGCAGCUCUGUGACGAGCAGUGUGGCCGCGCUCUCCCAGGUGACACGACGCGACGAGCUGCGCCGAGCGUUCGCCGUGGCCACUGUGCACGGCCUCUUCAACUGGCUCACGCUCGUCGUGCUGCUGCCCUUCGAGGUCACCUUCGCGUUCUUAGAAUCGUCAUCGCGCAUGGCAGUGGAGGUCCUGGACCGCAAACACCGUCUCCUGCGGUACAACCACCUGCGCGCGCUCUCUCGGCCGCUCACCAGUUUCAUCGUUCAGCUCGAAGAAACGAAGCCUCCGCAAAAGAUGGCCUCCGAGCACAGCGACAUUCUCGUGAUAAACACAGUCCGCACCUGCUGCGCCUUCAACGGGAGCCGCUGCGUGAGACCCUGUCAGAACGCGCUGGCCCGGCUGCAGCUGAGCGACCAGACUGCCGGCCUCGUGCUGCUCUUCAUCUCGCUGCUGCUUCUGCUCGGCUGCCUCAGCGUUCUGGCACGCACGCUUAGUCCCGUACUGCGGCUGCACGCAGCCCUCUCUCGGGUGCCACAGGGCCUGCUCGAGGGCUACGCCUGCCUCUGCCUUGGACUGCUGGCUACCCUGGUGAUGCAGAGCAGCACGGCGCUCAGCUCGGCCCUGGCACUCGUCGCCGCAUCAGCGGGUGACCGCGUGGCCGGCCUGCACCGCGCCUACCCCGUGCUCGUGGGCGCAAACAUCGGCACCACCAGCACGGGCUUGCUGGCGGCACUCGCGGGCGAUCCCACUCCCGACACCUUGCAGCUGGCGCUGUGCCACAGCUUCUUCAACGUGUACGGCGCGCUGCUCUUCUACCCGGUGCCGUUCAUGCGGUUCCCGCUGCCGCUGGCGCAGCUCAUCGCUGCCACGGCUGCCCAGUACCGCUGGUUCGCCAUCGUCUACCUGCUGCUCGUCUUCCUCACGCUGCCACUGGUCGCUUUCAUCCUCUCGUUCGCCGGCAACCCGCUCUUUAGCACCGUGGGCGUGCCGCUACUGCUGGUAGCGCUGUUGCUGGUGGCGCUGAACACGGCCCAGCGACACCGGCCGCACUGGCUGCCGCCUUUCCUUCGCUCCUGGUCCUGGUUGCCCCUGUGGAUGCACUCGCUGGCGCCGCUCGACGCACUGCUCGAACGGCACGUGCUGAGGCGCUGGCGUUUGCUGGACGCCUUCCUCGGACCACCGCCGCUGCCAUCUGCUACGGCGACCAUCGCCUCGCAGAGAGACUGA